CUAACACCAGAUCGGAUUACAAGAUGGCGGUCGGUGGGUGAGAGAAUACGGCCGCUGGAGAUCAAACUGGUCUGGGGGUUGUUUUUAGUGAGCGGAGUGCUGGUAAAUGAGGAGCGGGAGAUCUUCGGGCUGGUAGAGAGUGGAGAAGUGCGUUUCUGAGCUCGUGUGGGGGAACAUGCGGUUAGUAACAGAGUUUAAAGCCCGGGGUUGAGGAAAAAACAGCGGAGAAAACAACAGCGGCGGCGGCGGCGGCGUUCACGGAGCCGAUUCACCGAGACCGACCAUGUCGGACACCAGGCGGCGGGUUAAAGUUUACACGCUCAACGAAGACCGACAGUGGGACGACAGAGGGACCGGGCACGUCUCCUCUACUUAUGUGGAGAGACUGAAGGGAAUAUCGCUGCUGGUUCGGGCUGAAUCCGACGGCUCACUUUUGUUGGAGUCCAAAAUCAGUCCAAAUACAGCAUAUCAAAAGCAACAAGAUACACUCAUCGUUUGGUCCGAAGCAGAAAAUUAUGAUCUUGCCCUAAGUUUCCAGGAAAAGGCAGGUUGUGAUGAAAUCUGGGAGAAGAUCUGUCAGGUGCAGGGUAAAGAUCCAUCCCUGGAGAUCACUCAGGACCCCAUCGAUGAAUCUGAGGAAGAACGCUUCGAGGAGAUGCCAGAGACCAGCCACUUGGUGGAGCUGCCCGCCUGCGAGCUGGCUCGUCUGGAGGAAAUAGCUGACCUAGUAACCUCUGUGCUCUCCUCGCCCAUCCGACGGGAGAAGCUGGCGCUGGCACUCAUGAGCGAAGGCUAUAUCAAAAAGCUCCUGCAGCUUUUUAGGACGUGCGAAGACCAGGACAACCGGGAAGGUCUGCACCAUCUUUAUGAAAUAGUGCGUGGUGUGCUCUUCCUCAAUAAGGCCACCUUGUUCGAGGUCAUGUUCUCUGAUGACUGCAUCAUGGACGUUGUUGGCUGCCUGGAGUACGACCCGGCACUGGUUCAGCCCAAGAGGCACCGGGAGUUCCUCACCAAGACAGCAAAAUUUAAAGAGGUCAUCCCCAUCACAGACUCAGAACUUAGGCAGAAGAUUCACCAGACAUAUCGGGUUCAGUACAUACAAGAUAUCAUCUUGCCCACGCCAUCAGUCUUCGAAGAAAACUUCCUUUCCACACUCACAUCAUUUAUCUUUUUCAACAAGGUGGAAAUAGUUAGUAUGCUUCAGGAGGAUGAGAAGUUCUUGACGGAAGUGUUCGCUCAGCUAACAGAUGAAGCAACAGAGGAGGGAAAAAGGAGAGAGCUGGUCAACUUUUUCAAAGAGUUUUGUGCUUUUUCACAAACACUGCAACCUCAAAAUAGGGAUGCUUUUUUCAAGACGUUAGCAAACCUAGGAAUUCUCCCUGCGUUGGAAAUCAUUAUGGGUAUGGAUGAUCUCCAGGUGAGAGCUGCAGCCACAGAUAUCUUCUCAUAUUUGGUGGAGUUUAGUCCUUCCAUGGUCCGAGAGUUUGUAAUGCAGGAACCACAGCAGGCGGAUGAUGAUGAUGUCCUACUGAUAAACCUUGUGAUAAAGCAAAUGAUCUGCGACUCAGACCCUGAGCUGGGUGGUGCAGUACAGCUCAUGGGGCUGCUCCGUACCCUCAUUGACCCAGAAAACAUGUUGGCACCCACUAAUAAAACAGAGAAGACUGAGUUCCUCAGCUUUUUCUAUAAGUACUGCAUGCAUGUCCUAACUGCCCCACUGCUGGCCAAUACAGCGGAAGAGAGAAAGGACUUACCUGAGGAAACCACAAAGGUUAAUCCAGUGUGUCCAGACAAUUUCCAGACUGCUCAGCUGCUCGCUUUGAUUCUGGAGCUGCUGACAUUCUGUGUAGAGCACCAUACUUACCACAUAAAGAACUACAUCAUGAAUAAAGACCUACUGCGGAGAGUGUUGGUGCUUAUGAACUCCAAGCACACCUUCCUGGCACUAUGUGCCUUGCGGUUCAUGAGGAGAAUAAUAGGACUGAAGGAUGAGUAUUAUAACCGCUACAUCAUUAAAGGGAACCUAUUUGAGCCAGUCAUUAAUGCUUUGUUGGAUAAUGGGACAAGAUACAAUCUUCUCAACUCAGCCAUCAUAGAACUGUUCGAGUUCAUCAAAGUGGAGGACAUAAAAUCUCUGAUUGCUCACAUUGUCGACAACUUCUACAAAGCACUUGAAUCUAUCGAGUAUGUUCAAACAUUCAAAGGCCUGAAGGGCCGCUAUGAGCAAGAGAAGGACAGACAGAGCCGAGGGCUUAGCAGGUACCGUCGUGAUGCUCGGUCUCUGGAGGAUGAUGAAGAAAUGUGGUUCAAUGAAGAUGAGGAUGAAGAUGAGGCAGAAGCAGCUGUUGAGAAGCGAGUCGACGAAGAAUUUCCAGAAACCUACGGAAAGUACAUGGGGACAAAAAAAGUUAAAGAAUGUGAGGACAAGGAGAAUCUUCCAAAGCGGACGCCAACUGCCAGCUUUAAGUUUACCUUCUCUCAUUCUGCAGGAGCCGCCAACGGAAACAACAGUGCCAGCAACAAACCAGCUUCGUCUGCCUCUCCUGCCAGUCCCAUUGGCUCCUCAGGAAAGGCGGCAGCAGCACUGCCCUCCACCCCUGUGGUAAAGACUGGACUGGUUGGCCUUGUGGACUACCCAGAUGACGAAGAUGAAGAUGACGAAGAAGAGGAAGAUGAGGAGGAAGACAUGUCUCCAAGAAAGCGACCCAGACUGGGCUCGUAAGACACAGCUGUAGUCCUCCACUCUAAUGUCCCAUGGUGCCACCGAGUCCUGUUCUUAUGGGCUUAGGGACCCAACCCCAAACACAGUUCCCCCAACCACACCCCUCCUGCCCCCAGUUCUACUACCUUUUUGCUCAGACACAAGUACCACCAGACUUUGGGCAGCAGAGGACAGAGGUGUACGGAUCCUUUGCCACAGUCAUUUGAGCCCUCCCUGAAUACCCCACCACCACUUGAUCCUGUUGUACCAGGUUGUACCAGCAGGGGUGCUGAAGUUCACCACAACCACAGUUGUUUUUUCCUAUUUUCUCCCACCAGUGGAGAGUGGAGUUACCAUGAGAGCCAGUCAGCCUAGCAGGACUAGCCAUUUAGUAUUGGAAGCUUGAUUGGCAGAGCCUACCGAGCCAUGCGUCUUUUUUUUUUUUUUCUUCUUCUUCUUCUUCUUCUUCUUCUUGAUCCAGGAUGGGUGCAGGGAGUAAGAGAUUGAAUGGGGAGGGUGAAAUUGGGGGGUAGAUUUCCAGGCAUGGGUCUAAAGAGUAGAACUUGUUAUUGUCUAUGACUUGGAGCUCAAGUUCAGAUGUUUGAGAUCUUGUAUUCCUGAGUUUAUUACGAGUAGUGUACAGCUGUAUUUUUCCCCGCCCCGUCUUUUUAAUUGUUUCCCCCCAGUGAUUUUUUUUUUUAUUAUUACUAUAAUUCAAAAGAGGGGACAACUACUCCUGCCAGUGUACAUUUUCUCUCUCCUCUUUUGGCACACAGCAAGGUGGGAUGACAAGUUUACCCCUUUUUAAUCAAAAUUCUUUCGUUCAUUGAAGAAAACGAGACGUUCUGUUGCUGAUUUUAAUAACGUGUAUUAAACUGCAGUAAAGUCAUUUUGCAGCUGAAUGGA